CUCAUGACUUCCUCUUAACUACUUCACUUCCUAAGAAGAGUAGAAGUUGCUUAUCUACAGUCAGAUGUGGUUGACUGACAUGGGUAAUUCUUAAAAUAAAAAAAAAAACCUGCUUGCAGCUCUGAAAUAGAGUAACUGAAAAGUGACAGCGCUAGACCAAGUGAAGAAGGCAGGUGGAUUUUUGGCCAGAUCCCGACAAGAUUUCUGACCCUCCCGAAGCACAUUUCCCGAGUGCGUGAAGGAUACUGACGGGGCUACAGAGAAGUCCUGGCACUGACCAAACGGAUUGCACAUCAUGGAGAUCUGGGUGCAAUUUACUCCUGUGCGAUGCUAAGGAGGGGUAACAGCCAGCUAGCUGCCUCAUUCCAUGGGGACAUAAAGUUCUGCACAGGAAGUUAUUGUAAAGGAAGUCACUGGGAGAGCUGAGGUUUGGUUUCAUUUGGAGGGAAAUCCCGCUGGGGCUUGUUCCUCUUGGUUUCUUGAGCCAGCAAAGGAGACAGCUUGCUCUUCGCCAUGACAAACAGCAGCGUGUCUCACAGCAGCCUGACUGCUGUUUACAUCACCGUUGAGUGCAUUAUUGCGCUAUCCGCCACCGUGGGCAAUAUCCUGGUGAUCUGGGUGGUGAAGCUGAACCCAGCGUUUCAGACCAACACCUUCUACUUCAUCGUCUCGCUGGCGCUGGCUGAUAUAGCUGUGGGGAUCCUCGUCAUGCCGCUGGCCAUUGUGGUGAGCCUGGGAGUGGUCAUCCACUUCUAUUCCUGCCUCUUCAUGUGCUGCCUGAUGGUGGUUUUCACGAAUGCCUCCAUCCUGUCUCUCCUGGCUAUUGCCAUCGACAGGUACCUGCGAGUGAAGCUGCCCACCAGGUACAGGAUAAUCACCACGAAAAGAAGGAUUUGGGUGGCCCUCGGCAUUUGCUGGCUGCUGUCCUUGCUGACAGGGUUUAUCCCCAUGUUCGGAUGGAACCAGAGGAGCACACAAAAAGACCCAGAGAGCCUCAAUGAACUUCAGUGUCACUUCCCUUCUGUGAUGAGAAUGGACUACAUGGUCUACUUCUCCUUCUUCGGCCUGAUCCUCAUCCCGCUGCUCCUCAUGUGCGUUCUGUACAUCGAGAUCUUCCACAUUAUCCGGACAAAGCUGAGUCAAAAUGCAACCCACGCGAAAGCCACGGGCGUGUUUUAUGGGAAGGAGUUUAAGACAGCCAAAUCUCUGGCCCUCGUCCUCUUCUUGUUCGCCGUCAGUUGGCUGCCUUUGGCCAUUCUAAGCAAUCAGAUGCUGAUGUAUGUGAGCAUUCUGUUGUCUCACUCCAAUUCGGCCAUGAACCCCAUUGUCUAUGCUUGUAAGAUAAAGAAGUUCAAAGACACGUACACUCUUAUUUUAAGAACCUAUGUCCUGUGCAUGGCUCCAAACCCAGAUAGUCCUAAUAUGGAGCCUACAUCCGAGUGUGAGCCCGAGACACCUUGAUGUCACCUGGCAGAGGGCCCAGAGGACACCUAGGGUGGGUUUUACGGGGAUUUGCUGGGUCACAUAUGUGCAUAAUAAUUCAUCAAAGGAUGGCAAAACAUUUCUCUACCGAGAGCCAGUGGCCUGCUAGUCGGGUCUCUUGCAAUGUGUAUGGAUAGAUAAUAUUUAAGGACUUAUGUACAGGUUGGACCUCCCUGGUCUGGCACCCUUGGGACCAGACUGGUCCAGGAUGAGGGAUUUUGCUGGACAUGGGGAAGUCAUUUCUGGCCCCUCUGCCACCAGCCCCUCCAGCCCUGGCCCGGCCCAGCCCACUGGCAUCCCAGCUGGCUCCCCACGUGCUGCCAGCUCCACCACCCUGCCGACCCCUCUGGGCAGCCGCUGCUGCUGAGGCUCCCAGCAAUGUGUGUCUUGUAACGGGUACCGCACAAUGGAGCCUAUUUGCCUAUUGAACCAGGUGCUAAAUGAGAGACUGAAAAUCGACACGGGAGGAAAUCUACAGGAGGGAAGAAAGAGCAGGCUUGUGUUGGGUCUGUCGUGGUGUACAAAGGCACACAGUGAAGCCUUCACCAAGGAGGCAAACUAGCCACACGCAUCUCUCCUGCUGGGAGUGCAGCCCGGCAGGACAGUGCGGCAAGUCUAGAUGAGAAAUACUGUGCUAGCCAGGAGAGCGUUGUGUUAGCUAAGUCUGAGCUGUAGAAUGCCAUGCCCUGAUUGCAUUUUGUACGGAACCGUUUGUUUGCAGUGCUGCGACUUGCUCCU